GCGUAUUCAUAGUAGUUUUCAAUGUCGUGGGACGUGGGUAUCAUGGCAUAAUUUUCCUGUUCACGCCAAUAGGAACAUCGCUCAACUAAUUUCACUAAUGGAACGCCAUAGCUGUAAGCCUAUGCUAGAUGUUUCUACACUCUGGUUCACACGAGGAAUGCGUAUAUCAAGUCUUAAUGAUCUGCAAGGGCUUGCUCUUACCUGUUAUUGGUCUUCAAGGACGCGUAAGCAUCGUUUAUUUCAGUCAUACAGAUGUUAAUUUCAGUCUUAUUUAACCAAGUGUUACAACACGACACGAGUCGUUCGUUUCUGUUGAAGCGAUUUAAGACGCAUUAGACGAAAACACACGUUGGAUUAUAAAUACACAUCGGAUACAAUGACGAUUGGCAGAUUGCUAAAAUAUUUUGCCAUAUUUAUAUUCCUGAACAAGUCUGAUACGAAUCAGAUCCCUCUUAAGGUGACUGCAAGGUGCAAAGAGCCAAGUAUAUUGUUUUCCAUGGAACAUUCGGUAAUGGACGUUCAGUGGGAAAUUGGCAACCUUGCUCUGACUCAUCGACUGGCCAUGAUUCGCGGCUACAUCAUCCAAAACAACACGCGGCACAUGAACCUGGAGGUCCCAUUAUUUUCUGUUGGUUACAAAUACGAGGACAUCAACCUCAAGCACUUCUAUGGGAGUUUUGAAGUGAUCUUCAGAGACACAGACACCUGGAAUGUGACGGAGACUAAAGUUCAGCGAUGCCUCUUCAAAACCCGUGAACUCAUAGUGUGUGACCCUAAGGGAGUGGUCAGUGUAGUGACCACCACAGCCAUGGUUUUACCGCCGUUGGACCCAAACAGAACAUCCCUCCUGGAUAGCAGGUGCCGUCCAGUGGAGACGGACAACAGUCGGAUGCUCUUCGUCUUCACGGUGGACACCUGUGGGACAAAGAGUUGGAUGGAUGCAAACUAUUUGACCUAUGAAAAUGAGAUUGUCUUGAUAAGAGACAUUUUGCCACCGAAACCCACCAUAACUAGAGACUCUGACUUCAGGUUGACUGUUCGUUGCUAUUACCACAGUACUGGCAUCUCUGUUCUCUCUGUGGACAGCACACCUCGCAAAAGCUUUCUGACUCCUGGAACAGGCUCCAUCCUUGAGCUGAGACAAGACAAGACUCGAAAACGAAGCAGGUUUAAGGCUGUUGGCAGUGAUUUCCUUGGCAUUGUGCGGGCCAAGGCUGUAGUCCCUCAGGCACAGAGGCUCACGGAAGAAGUCGCCCCAGAGCCAAAAGGGGCUUCUGUCUAUGUGCCAGUUCUUCUUGUGGUAAUUGCUGUUCUGUGCAUAUUGUUUGUUGCCAUAAUGAUUUUUUUCUUGAAAUAAACAAAUUCACACAACAAUGUCCUUGAUUAUUUGAAAAUAAA